CCCGGAAAUGCAGUGCAGUGUGUUUUCGUCGUAUCGGGGGUAGACUGAAGUACAUUGAUUUUCAUCUUCCUCCUUAAAAGAAAUGGUGGGUAUGGAGAGCCAGAACAACCCGACACGGCCAGCUGAAGGUUCUACUGCACAAACCGAGGUUGACCCUCAGACGGCGGUGCUGCGCAUCAGUCAGCUGGAUGCUAUCGAGCUAGACUCUUCACUCGAGCAGCUUCUAUGGAGCCAGUUCUCCCAGUGCUUCCAGAACUGCCGCCCGGGCCUUCUCACCCCACUAGAGCCUGAAUUGAGGGCCCUGCUUCAGCUGCUCCUGUGGAGGUUCACUCUGUAUUCUAACAGCACAACAGUGGGCCAGUCCUUACUGAGCUUACGCUACCACAACGUCCUCUCCACAUCUCCGCGCUACAGACCUCUGACCCGCAGGCAGAAGCUCGGUCUGGCCCUGCUUACCGCGGGUCCGCGCUGGCUCCAGGAACGUUCCCACAGCCUGCUGCUGUGUUUGGGUCUGAGUCCAGGUGGACCUGCAUCUGAUGGAGACAGGGGUUUACUCCAAAAAGGUCUCCGCAGUUGCCUGAUCUUAGCAUCUAGUAUCGCCCAGCUUGCAAGUCUCAUCAACUUCCUGGUGUUCCUAAGGAGAGGUCGCCAUCCUGUCCUGGCUGAAAGGAUUGUGGGAGCUAGGGCAGUUUUCAGCAAACCCAAUGUGGUCCGAGAUGUAACCUACCAGUACAUGAACCGAGAGCUGCUGUGGCACGGCUUUGCAGAGUUCCUCAUCUUCCUGCUGCCACUCGUCAAUACCAGGAAGCUGAAGGCAACGCUAUCUUCAAUUGUUUUGGGGGGAGGAAGCGCCGACGGGAAGGGAGCGACAGAAGGGACAGGGGUGUGGAAAGAGUGCGGACUGUGCGGAGAGUGGCCGACCAUGCCUCAUUCUGUGGGCUGCCAGCAUGUUUUCUGCUACUACUGUAUUAAAAGCCACAGCAUCGCAGACGCACAUCUCACCUGUCCCAAAUGUGGGGCAGAAGCGGGACAGCCUGAGUCUGUGAAGAUGGAGGUGGAAAUGAUGGGCUGCUGAUCGUCUGAAGAAGAGACUUGAUAAAUUAAAAUGGUGAUUCAUUUCUGUGAAGUUGUGUGUUUAAAAAACACUAACACAGUGAACGAACAUGUAAAUGAAUCUUAACAUUUACCUAAUUUCUAUGAAAGCUAAUUUAAUAAAAUCUACUUUUUAAAGACAUUAAAACAUCAAAAAAAGGGUUUAAAAGAAAACCCUGUUCUGUGAGCUUCAUGAUGCACAAGGUAAACAGGGAUGAGUUUAUGACUUGACUUCAGUCUUUAUGAUGUCGGUGUCUUUUCUGAACACACGACAUCGACCUGCUGUGUUUAAUGUAUGUGUGCAUAUAUUGACAAUCCUCCGCCCCAUCCGUUUCUCCGGCUGGACUUUGGACAGAACUAUUUGUCUUUGGUGCGCUGGACAUACUGCAGAGAACCACACAGAGCAUAUAUUUGAUGAGGGAACGUGUUGAUUUAUGCUCCAAAUUGGCUGUGUGUUAGCACGUGUGUGUGUGUGUGCGUCUGUUUGUUGAAAUGGGAAUAUUUGUUCUGAUGAAAAAUGCAGAAAGUCAGCUGAAUAAAUAAUGGGAGAAAUUUCUGAUGCCUCUCAUCAUGGCCAAAUUA